AUGGACGCCCGCGAGCUGCAACGUUGGGGUCGGAACUCCCACAUUCCAGCGUGCGUGGAAUGUCGGGAGCGCAAAGCCAAGUGCUCGAAAACGCAACCUUGUGCGCCGUGCGUCCGCAACAACCGUAAAUGUAUCUACACAUCGAAAGUGUCCCGAACACCGCUCACGCGCAAGCACCUUACUGCUGUUGAAACUCGACUCCAUGCUCUGGAAUAUGCGCUCGAGAGGUUAUUUCCAGGCGGUUCAAUGCAAGACAUGACACGCGACCUGCUACUGAUGGAUUCGUCCUUCGAGCAAACUGCCACCGAAGUCCCCACCGAAGUUAGCAAAUAUCAAGGAUUAUCCACAGAUAAGUCCCCAGGAGCAGGGUCCUUUGCCGAUAGUUUCCUUCCUUCCAAUCAUUCUUCGGCCCCCAGCGCCGAGGACCUCUUAUCGAUGGAUAUAGACGAUUUCAGCCGAUCAUCAGCAGAAGUCUACACGCCACCAGCAACCAUCCACGAAGAGUCCAUGUUUAUUGAUGCAUACUUCACACACUACCACACUGUCUACCCCCUCUUACACGAGGAGACCUUUCGAAGUGUGCGAGUCAGCCAACAAUUUCCCACACAUUGGCCUGUCUUGGUCAAUGCAGUCCUUGCUCUUGGGUCUUGGUUGACUCCCGGUACGUCUCUUGGCGUGGAGAAAGCUUAUUUCGCCAGAGCCGAAGAGCUGUUGGGAAAAACUCCGAUAGGCACCAACGAAAUUCGAAGUCUCACCUUGGUGCAAGGUCUAGUUCUUCUGAGCUCACUGGCACAACAUCAAGGGCAGCCUGAGAAAAGCAUACAAUACACCAACUCUGCAGUUCAGAUGUCUGUCAGUCUCAAUUUGCACAUGGAACCUCAAGAUGCUCAAAGUACAGAGCUGGACAAAGAGAUUCGUCGGCGGAUCUGGUGGAGUGUGUACUGCGCAGAAAGCUGUUCUGCGAAAAUCUACGGACGUCCGCUUCUAUUGCCAGAAGACGCGUUGAUAACCACUCGACCAGUCUCGAAUAUUAGGGAGAAUGACCUCACCUCGUCAAGCACAUAUUUUCCUCAACAGUCGGACCAAAUAACCAUAUACAUGGGGUUGAUCCAACAAUCGAGCUAUCAUCGCCUGGCUAAUCGGAUAUAUCGUCACCUCCUGUCCUACCCUGAUUUUGGAUCUAAGGAGGUUCAAGAAGUGGAGGAGAUGAUAGAUAAAUGGCACAAAACUUCAUCGGUUUGCCUGCACAACGUGAAUCCAUCCUCAUCUCCGGAAUGGUACGUAACUGCACGUCGACGACAGAUCAUGUGUGAUCGAAGCCUUCGCCUCCUCAUUCAUCGACCGUUGCUGCUACGAUGGCUCAGAAUACGCGCAAUCGAUGGAGGGCCUUGCCUGUCCAACGACCCAGCUGAAGUACAAUGUCGGGCCAAAGGACUGAAGAUUGCCCGUGCGACUAUUGAGAUGAUCUCAACGUCUUUUGUUCGAGGUCAAUAUUCUAAAUUGACUGUCGCAUUCACUCUGUACUCGCUAUUCCAUGCACUCAUCGUUCCCCUGAUUCACAUCAUGGUCGAUCCAUCUACGCCAAGCUCCAUUUCAUGCAUGGAAGAUGUCAAUAAAGCUAAUAGCGCACUACAAAAUCUUCGCUCGGAGCUCGAUCCUCUCUCGCAGAGCUUUUUCGUGGCUAUCAAACAGCUUGUUAAUGUAUCCGAACGGGCGCUCAAGGGAUAUCAGGAUAUUUCCGCUCCAUCCGAGACAAGACAGACCUUGAAGCCAAAUGAUGUUCGACCUUCAGCAAAUAAUAUUUUUGGUAAUGAAGAGCUGAAAAUACUCAAAGAUCAGGAAGCGAGGGUGGCGCAGCAGUUUGACUUUUCGCAAUGGCUGGAUCUAUGA